GUUUGCACCAAUCUAAACUGUUUGGACGGAUUAAACUGCCGGAACCAAACUUUGUACCUUCUCAAAUUUAGUUGAUCUUUCGAGAUUUCAUUUACGUGCCAUUUGACUUCGUUACACUAGUAAACGGUGGAGUGCGGCGACUGCGUACAAGUGUACUAAACGCAUCAGAUGGCUUCAGCGGUCGUAUUUCUCCUCUGCCUAUUUGUGCACAUAUCAGAUGGGAUACAGUAUGAAACGGUUACCACAGAUUCUGGUUCCUUGAAGGGCAUUCGAACCUCAAAAUGCAGCAAAUUUUUGGGUAUACCUUAUGCUACAGCCGAAAGAUUUUCGGAUCCUCAAAAAAUUCCACCAUGGUCUGGCACUCUAAAUGCUACAAGAACGGGACCGAUGUGCUACCAGCACUGUGGAUCAGUGCCGAAGAACGUUUGCCAGAAACGGGUAUCGGAAAAUUGCUUAUUUCUAAAUGUGUAUCGGCCAUUACCAGAUUCACAAGAACAGUCCCAGACUUAUGCAGUUAUGGUGUUUAUUCAUGGUGGAAACUUUCAGUACUAUAGUGGCGGUUCCCCACUCUUUGAUGGGGAAGUAUUCGUGUCAACGGGAAAAGUAAUUCUAGUCACAAUUAAUUACAGAUUAGGGCCGUUUGGGUUUCUGGCAACUGUGGAAGAUCAGCACCUGGCGUCUGGUAACUUCGGACUAAAAGACCAAAAGUUAGCAUUGAAAUGGAUUCACGAUAAUAUUAACUAUUUUGGAGGAUCCAAUACUAAGAUUACUAUAUUUGGCCAAAGUGCGGGUGCCCAGUCAGUUGUUCUUCAUUUGCUGUCGUCGUCUAUGAAUGGACUAUUCCAACGAGCCAUUAUUCAAAGCUGCCCGUUCACCAUACCAUUUAAAACUUUAGAAGAAGCAUCAAAACAAACAGGCCAGUUGUCUGUGCAGCUAGGUUGCAAGGUUAAUGAUGUGGAAUGUUACAGAAACAAAACUGCAGAAGACAUUUUAACAGCAUACAACAACACGUCCAAGAAAAUCUCUCGCAACUUUCUUCUUCAAUUCGAGCCCUUCGGUCCGGUCAUGGAUGGGAAAGAUGUCCCGCGUAACCUACUGGAUAGAAUUGAAAAGACUCACAAAUUUGGUAAAAGUAUCAUUGUAGGAACGAAUUCUAUAGACGGGGCUCUGUAUGCACGAUCGAUCUUUCCACUAAAUCUACCUGUCAGUUUAGGAAUUUUGGCAGUGUCCUCGCGUUUUCCUUCCCUGGCUACUGGGCUUCAUACACUGUAUGGGGAUAGCAAUGGGACGAAGGAACUUUUAACCAACUUAAUAACUGAUUACAUCUUUUACUGCUCCAGUCGUCGCUUUGCGGAUCUCGUCACUGACCAUGAUGAUGCAUUAUGGUUCUACAUUUUCGGUCAGCCGUUGUCUUUUGAAGCUUUUGGUAAUAAUUCGGGGUGUAUGCAGGGGGCAUGUCAUGGUGGAGAACUACCCUUUUUAUUCAGUACGGUAGCCAACGCAGGCUAUGAUGUGUCUGAAGCUGAACACUCUCUCUCCACAAGAAUGAUACACUACUGGACCAACUUUGCCAAAUAUGGAAAUCCAAACAAAAAGCACAGCGAUGGCAUUCUCCAUUGGCCAAACUACAUGGAUUCAAAUGAGAAUGGCGAUUCUAUUCAAUAUUUUGCUGAGUCAGACAAGAGGUUGACACGAGCACACAGGAAGAAGUUUUGUCAAUAUUUUGACAAAAUUGGUUACCACUUCAGCCGUUUAUAAAUUUGUUGCUCAU